CCCGCCGCUGCUUGGGAAGCCGACCCGGAGGCUCUUCCCUGCUGGCAGGGAUAAGCACACUUCUGCACACCCCUUUAUUCCACGCUGCUGGAUAGGCAGUUUAUUAGGUAAGAAGGAGAUUCCAGAAAAGGUGAAUUCUCUCUGGACUCCCAAUUUAGUGAAAGGUUACAGACCAAUGAAAUCGAAAAACAGUACAGCACUAAAUAUUGAGAGAAGAGACUGAAAACCAAAUAUACAGCCAUGUUUCCACGUGAAUCCAUUAUAGCAGAAUCAAAACAUGCUACUGCUGGAAGGGGCAGAUUCUUGUAACCCCUUCCCAAGCUAGAACCAUGUGUAUCAUGUUUUUAGAACUUCAGCUAUCAAAAUGGGCAGAAUCUUUCUUGAUCAUAUCGGUGGUACCCGUCUGUUUUCUUGUGCAAACUGUGAUACAAUCCUGACCAAUCGCUCAGAACUCAUCUCUACUCGGUUCACAGGCGCCACUGGUAGAGCAUUUCUUUUUAACAAGGUAGUUAACUUGCAGUACAGUGAAGUUCAAGAUCGGGUCAUGCUCACUGGCCGCCACAUGGUUCGAGAUGUGAGCUGCAAAAACUGCAAUAGCAAACUGGGAUGGAUCUAUGAGUUUGCUACUGAAGACAGCCAGCGUUAUAAGGAAGGCCGUGUGAUCCUGGAACGUGCACUAGUUCGAGAGAGUGAAGGCUUUGAAGAGCAUGUACCAUCUGAUAACUCUUGAAGACAAAAGAUAAAUCCAUCUUUUCCCAGGUCUCCUUCACUGAAAACAAAAAUCUCCUUACAUACACUGUCACCUUAGCAUCAGAGUCGGAUUCAUGAACUACGGAACAAGAGGUUGUGAGAAUCUAAGAUGGAACCUUUUUUUUCUUUCUUUCUUUCUUUCUUUUUAAUUUUGUAUUUUCCAUCCAAAAGCAGUUUGUAGACAGAAUUUUAUGCAUAUGCUGUUUAUUUUUUCCCUGUGUUCUUGAGGCAGAAGAGUUUGUACCUACAUGGUGGGCUAUGUGAGGGAAAAAAUUGGGGUCCUUAGAGUGAAAGGAGUGUUUUGUGUACAUUUUGAGUGGAGAAUAUGUCAAGAGCAUGGUUUUUAAAUUUAUUUGGGCUUCAUUUAAAAAUUUCUUUUUAACCCAGUUAUUUCACUUAAUUUGCUAGCUUCAAGAAGAGAUCCGAAUCUGUGCCCAGCGCUGGAGGCUCAGUGUUAGCGUGGCUUGUGCUGGCCAGUGUGCCAUAUUCUUGUUGGAGAGGAACUGUAGCACCAGAACCCAUUCUUCCUUGUCAGUCUUGACCCACAGAUGUCACCAUCCCUAGUUCCUUGUCACCAUGGACUUGGUGUUGAUUGGAAACUUUCUGAUAUGGGGCAGAACUGCUUGGUUGUCUUUCCCAUGUAACUUAAGCAUAGUAAUAUAAAUAAAGUGGUAGUUGGA